UUUACACGACGUCGUAUCGAGCGUCUUCUGACGGUGACACUGCCUCUCGGUGCAAAUUUCGUAAUAAACCCUCUAAAACCCUAGCCCGCUCGCCCAAUCCCAAAAUCCCGAAACCUCAAUCUCCCGGAAAUCAACCGCUUAAUCUCAGGAAUUGAACGGAUUUGAUCAAAUAUGCAGCACGACGAGGUGAUAUGGCAGGUCAUCAGGCACAAGCACUGCAGCUUCAUGUCCAAAAUCGAAACCGGGAUUUUCUGUAGAAACCCUUAUAACGUCACCGGGAUUUGUAAUCGGAGCUCUUGCCCUCUGGCCAAUAGUCGCUACGCCACCAUUCGCGACCACGAUGGAGUCUUCUAUCUUUAUAUGAAAACUAUAGAAAGAGCACAUAUGCCAAACAAAUUGUGGGAAAGAGUUAAGUUGCCCAGGAAUUAUGAGAAAGCACUUGAAAUCAUCGACAAACAUCUGAUGUAUUGGCCUAAGUUUCUUGUACAUAAAACAAAGCAACGGCUCACUAAAAUGACUCAGAUGCGGAUACGCAUGAGGAAGCUUGCUUUGAAAACAAGGGAGAAAAUAAUGACAACACCAAGGAAGGAAAUAAAGAGAGAAGCUAGAAGAGAGGAGAAGGCUGAAAAAGCUGCAGUCUUGGAUAAGAGCAUUGAGAAAGAACUAUUAGAACGCCUUAAGAAUGGAGUUUAUGGUGAUCUACAUAAAGAUAUAUAUAAUUACCCUUUUGAUAAAUACCAAAAAGUCCUUGAAGGGGAAGAACAGAAUACUGAAAGAGAAGAAGAAGAAGACUACGAGGAUGGUGAGAUAGAAUAUGUUGAAGGUUAUGACGAGCUUGAAGAGGAGGAUGAUAUUGAAGAUCUGGGUGGUCAUGCAAUGGACUAUUCUCAUGCAGAUGAUGAUAGUGUUGGAAUGGGUGUAGAGCCAGAAGCAGGUACUGGCAAGAGAGGGAGAAAGUCUCGAAAGUUUGAGAAAGAUGGAGCUGUUGCCAAAUCGAAGAAACCUAGGGUACUUGUUGAGGUGGAGUAUGAAGAUGGUCAGCAUAGACAAAAGGCAGUUCACUAAGAGCUUAUGCUUGUUUUGUUCAUUCGUUCUGUUAAGGACAUGGUCAGAAUUGUUUCUUCUUGUGAGGUUGGUUGUUGAUUUUCGAAAGCUUGCUGUGGAAAGAAGGAACUGGCUGUGGAUCUAGGAACAGUCCAAAGAUUUUGAAAUUAUGAAUUAUGUUUACAAGAGAAUUUUUUUUUUUUGUUAUUUGUAUUCUGAGAAAACCAAUGUUACCCACCGAGCUAAUUUGUCGAGUUGCAAGCAGGAGCCUACUCUACAUUUCCUUUUACGCAAAGAUCUAGUUGGAUUUAGCAGGCCAUUCCAUAUUGUAGUCAUUGGUUUUCUGAGUUGUAAACCUUUUCUUUCUUUAUAACAAUGAAAUACACUCAUUUGUUGCUACUAUUAAGAAUUUUCGGAUUUGGUUUU